UUUACCACCGUUUCGAAAUUUCGUGAUUUGUUUAUUUUUGCUUUUAUUUUUAACAGACAGGUGGCGCUAACAAUUGGCCCGGUUUAAAAACGCGCCAAUCGUUGACGAUCUGAAUUUGUUUUUUGCUACUUUGCUAAACGGUCGUUAGUUCUUGUGACGGAUUUGAAAAGACGUUAUUAUCGUGAAAUAAAUCGCGUAACAAUUUCGUAAUACACGAGAUUAACCUCUAAUGAUAUCUUUGUAACAUUUAAUGAACGAGUUUAAACGAAUUAGUGAGUAGUUUGCGAAUUUUUGUCGAUUGGAAUUCGUCGCGACAUAGUUUAGUGAAUUCUACGCGUUUAACUGUGUUUAGUGCGUGUGUGUAUAUAUGUGUCGUGUGUGUUUUCUUUUUCUGUGUUUGUAUACGCGUGUUGAAACAGUGUCUUUCUUUAUAUUUCCCAGUCAUUUAUCAUCGUUCUUUUCUAUGAUGGAUACAAGCUGAACGAAUAUUCAUUUAUCCGUUGGAUUCUUCCUUCGGAAAUAACUACUUUUCAAAGGGCAUGUAUGGCUGGUGCAUGAGUGGAAUGGCAGAAAAGUUACGUGAAGCUUGCGUACGCGGCGAGGCCGAACGUGUUGCACGUUUUCUCGCUGAUGGAAUCAAACCAUUGCCAGAUGAGAAUGGAAGAAGUCCUUUGCUAUUGGCUGCAGCACUCGGACAUACCGACGUUUGCAAUGCCCUUCUACUUCGUGAAGCUGAAGUUAAUGUUGCUGAUUCGGGCGGCGUGACUCCUCUACAAAGGGCAGCUGCCGAAGGCCACUUGGAGGUGGUUGAGCUACUCCUCAAGCAUGGGGCAGACGUCGCACGGCAAGAUACGCUUCAUGGAAACUCGGCUUUGCACGAAGCCUCCUGGCGAGGAUACAGCAGGACUGUUGCUGCUUUGGCAAAAGCCCUCGGGACACAACGUGCACCUUUGCACGCGAGGAAUCUAGCUGGAUUUGCGCCGCUUCACCUUGCUUGUCAAAAUGGCCAUAACCAAAGCUGUCGAGAACUUCUUCUUGCUGGAUGUAAUCCCGAUCUUCAGAACAAUUACGGAGACACACCACUUCAUACAUCCGCACGUUACGGUCACGCAGGUGUUACGCGUAUCUUAAUUUCAGCUCUUUGCAGAGUCUCUGAACAAAAUAAAAACGGUGAUACGGCACUUCACAUCGCAGCAGCAAUGGGACGUAGAAAAUUGACGAGGAUACUUCUUGAAGCCGGUUGCGACAGGACGUUGAGAAACAAGCAGGGCGAAACGGCAAAGGAUAUAGCUCGUCGCAAAAACCUGACAGAGAUACUCGAGAUAAUCGGUAAAGCAAGGAGCAAGAGUAGAGCCCGUAGCAAAAGUCGCGACGAGGAAUCGUGUAACAACGACAAGGUCGAUGCUGCUAAUGUUAGUAGUAAUAGUGUUGGUUGUAUUGGUGUUGGUGGUACUAUUGCACCAGGUAAGUGCGAUAGAAACGAGAAGAAACGGGAGAAAACUGGUAGUGGUACAAGUGGUAGUAGGGAUGGUUGUACGAUCAAAAAGGAUAAGAAAAAACACAAGGGUGGUGGUAGUUCAGGUAGCGGUGGAAAAACUCACAGAGUACAUUUUGAGAAAGCAGUAAUGGGUAGACAAUGGUCACCUUAUGGUUGUCAUUAUUACCCGGAUCCUGAUGCUUUUCCACAACCAAGAUUAGAUUCUUUACCACCUGAUCCAUUAGGAAGGGGUGAACAAUAUUAUUUGGACUUGGCUGGUAAUAUAAGAAAGGGUCCGGUUGGUGUUGGUUAUACUUGUUAUUGUGCACCCUUCUUCAGGCAUAUGGAAGCUAAAUUGGAACGCGAUAAAGCGGAAUUAAAAGCACAUAUAGAUCAAGCUCAUGAAAGAUUGGAUUUGAAAGUUGCUAAUCUUGAGAGAAGAACUCGCGGACAAAUUUCUGAACUAACGCGUUGCGUGGCAGCUGAAAGAGCGCGUUGCGAUGAAAGACAUCAACAUAUUCAACAGAGAUUGUCACGUGGUGGAAGAGGUAGACACAGUGAAAGACCAGCUAGAACGUCUAACGUUGACGAUCAAAUUCCACCAACUCGUGCCAGAUCACUCGAGGAUUUGCUCGAUGAUAGACCACAGGAUAGAAGCUUUGAAAUACCUGGAGAAACUCCUGUUUAUCGUGGUAGUCUUGAUGAUCUGGAUAUUCCUGCUAUUCCUAGACUAAGCAAAUCUAUGAAGGAUCUUCCUUCGGGAUCUGGUAUGGCAAGGUCAACUUUGAGAGUACUUGACGUACCAGCAAGAUUGAACGAGACUUUCGAUGGUGUUAUCAGGCAAGAUCGUAGCUCACCUCUUGGUGCUGCUUCUUCACCGUCUAUGGGUUCCAGACAACAGACUCGUCGACAAAGAACAUCAUUAUCGCAAGAACAAAGUGCGAAUAUUAACCAGGAAGACAAUAACAACACGGUUCGUAAAAAUGGUGAAGAAAAUUCAGGUGAAUGGAGAUCUUCGCCAAGUCGUCGUAGCGUUCACGAGAUGAUCAAAAGAUUUCAACAAGUACCAGGCAUGCAUAAUGGCUGGCGUGGACAACGUUCUGGUAGUAGCGAACCUACCAGUCCAGAACAUAGUCAGUGUUCACAAAACAAAAGGAUUCAACCACAGGGUGGUGUAGGAAACACUUGGCACGGUGAAGGUGAAGGUAACAACAGUGAAAGUAGCGAAGGAGAGGAUGACAUGGAGCAACCAGAAGCCCUUAAAGGAAAUGUUUCGAACAAAGGAGUUAUACAAGAAGAUGUUCAUUACGACAGCAUCGCAAGGAUGCCUUACAGAUCUCGUAGUGCCGUUUAUAGUCCUACUCCGCUAUUACACGAUGCUCACAAUGAUUCUGGAUAUAGUACGCGUAUGUACGGUUCGAGUAAAGGUGCUUCUCCUUCUCUCUCAGGACAAUUAGAAUGCGAUGUUAUUCUACCACCUUCGCAAGGAGGAACAUUCCCAAGUGGAGAACAGUUAGCUGCUUUAUUGGAACAACCAAGAGGACAUGACUUGACCGUAUAUGAAAGAGGCGCAGACAAUGUUGUCAUUAAUAUAGGAACAGCGAGUCUCGUUUAACUUUUUAUUUUAAGACUUAUAUCAAAUGUGAACGUGGAAUUUCCAAAGAUGACGCAAGAUCGAGCACGCUCGUAAUUUUGUGAACUGUCAUUAAAAAAAGUUUAAUUAUACUCUACGUUCUCUUUCUUUUAAUAGACUUGUUUUCACGUACCUUCUAUUAUUUUUGUACACGUUGUUCAAUAACUUGAUGAUAUUGUAGUAUAACACCGAUUAUAAACGAUUUCUUUAUUAUUAAUAUUAUUAUUUUUAUUAUAUAUAUAUGUAUACCUGUGUG